AUGGCUGCAGUCCCAGCCAUCCUCCAUCAGACCGCCCCGCGCGAAGAGGCGCGCUGGGACCCCCGGUGGCGGCGAUGCCACGAGAGCUUUCGGGGCGUCUGCGGCCCCGAGGUUCAGCGCAUCUUGUGGGACGACGAGGGCCUGCGCGCCUUGGUCCAGGAGGCUUUUCCGGAGCACCUCAGGGCCUACGAUGCCUACGAGCAUCAGAUCCAGCGGGUGGACUUCGCCCGGGCGGCGAUGCUCUUCCUGCACGGCGGCCUCUAUGCGGACAUGGACGUGGAGGCGCUCGCCGACCCCUUUCCGCAUCUUGCAGCUGGCCGCGUGAGCAUCGUGGCCAGCCCAUAUGUUGAAAACGAGAGACAUCAGAACUCACUCAUGGCCUCGCCCCCGGGGCAUCCCUUCUGGCGAGCAUUGGCGGCGGAGGCCGUCCGGCGCCAGGCGUUGCCCAACCUUUACCGGACGACCUGGCAACUCACAGGGCCCCAACUCCUGGAUGCUGUGGUUGACAUGCGCCAGGGCGACGUGCAUGUCUUGCCUGCCCAUGUGUUCAACCCUUCAAUGAGCUCGCCUACCUUUCAUGCUCCUCAGGUCAUCACACGGCACCUCUGCACCAGCGUUUGGACGCAUGACAUGGACAACCUCGGAAUGGCGCUGUAUCAGGCAGCUCGUGCUGGCAAUGCCGAUGCCGCACAGCGAGCAGUCGAGGCCAAGGCCGACCUCGACUGCCGUGACUACGCGGGCUUGUCGCCGUUGCACCAUGCUGCGAUCAAGGGCGAUGUGGCCAUGGUCUCGCUGUUGACGCGUUUGCGGGCAAACGCCUCCGCCAAAGAUAAGAACGCAACAACCCCACUCCACUACGCCGUGCAGUUUUCGCACCUCCAGGCAGUUAAGCUGCUCCUCCACACCCGGGCCUUGGUGGAUGUUCGCCUGCUGGAGGGCUCUUGUGCAGGAGCCACCCCGCUGGAUUUGGCUGCAGACGUGCACCGGAGCCAGCGGUCGCCAAGCUCUGCAGAGGUGCUGCACCUGCUUCAGCUGCAGCCGCGCGACGCAUCAGCCACCAAGCUGUGCGAGGAUGGCCGGGCACCGCUGCUGAGGCGUCGAGGGCCCUUUGCCCUCUGCACUCGGCGCGCCGCCUGGCCGCUCGCCCGCCGUGGGUGGCAGCUCCAGGAGGUGGACUGA